AUGUAUGUGGUGGGUGAUGUUCCUACAAUUGCUUCUGUAAAACGUUACAUAGCUGCAAAUUGGAGUCGGGUAGGAGUUCCUAAUGUUUUCCUGCACGAUGAUGGCUACUUUGUUAUUAAAUUUAAUUCGCUUGCUGAGAGGGAUGAAAUUCUUUGCAAAGGACCCUAUACCUUCUUCAAUAAACCUGUGAUCAUUAAACCUUGGACAGCUGCUUUCAAUUUCUAUGAGGAGGUAUUGAAGGUAAUCCCUCUUUGGGUGAAACUGUCUAACCUUCCCCUCAACUGUUGGAGUUGUGAUUCACUUAGUAGGAUAGCAAGCCUUCUGGGUGUGCCUGUGUGUGCAGAUGACUGUACCACUAGACAGCAAAGGGUAUCUUUUGCUAGGUUGUUAGUUGAGAUGGAUGUCACUGCUAAUCUGCCUGACCAUGUGUGGAUUGAAGAUGUCAAUGGGAAUGAAUUCAAGCAGCAGGUGGUGUAUGACUGGAAGCCUUCAUAUUGUAAGAAAUGUCAGAUGCCAGGACACAACUGUGAUACAGUUCCUGUUAGGAAGGUUCCACCAGUGGUGAAAAAAGUGUGGGUUCCUAAGAAGCAGCAGAAUAGGGCCGGGUGA